CCCUGCCCGGGAAAAUGGCGGCGCCGGGGUGGGCGGAGGGAGCGCUGUAGCGCCCGGUGCCAUCUCCGCCAUGGCGGACCUGGGCCGGCAGCUGCACGAGUACCUCGCGCAGUCCAAGGCCGCUGCUGCCGCCACCGGUCCUAGCGCGGUCCCCGCAGCGCCGGCGGCCGGCGGCUCGCAGGAGGAGGCGGGGGACGGCGGCGGGCUGCGGGCCUGGCUGGGGGCGCUGAACCCGUUCCCGCCGGGCAGUGCCCCGGGCGCCACGGUGUGGCCUUGGACGGGAGAGGAGGACCCGUGGCUGCCGGGACUGUCGCGCUGGCAGCGGCUGGCGGGCAGCGGGCUGUGCGUGCUUCUGGCGGCGCUGUGCUUCGGGCUGGCCGGGCUGUGCGUGCCGCUGCUGCUGCUGCGCGCCCGCAAGUUCGCGCUGCUCUGGUCGCUCGGCUCGCUGUGCGCGCUGGGCGCCGCCGCGCUGCUGCGCGGGCCCGCCCGGCUGCUGCGGGAGCCCGGCCGCGGGGCGCUGCUGUACCUCGGGGCGCUCUUCGGGACGCUGUACGCCGCGCUGGCGCUGCGCAGCACCGCGCUCACCGCGUUGGGUGCCGCCGCGCAGCUCGGCAUCGCCGCCGCCGCGCUCCUGACCGCCCUGCCCGGCGGUGCCGCCGGCCUGCGCCGCCUCGCCGGGCUGCUCCGCGCCGCCGUGUGCGGCCGAGGCAAGGCGGCGCUGCCUCUGUGAGCCGGGCGCGCCGGGGAGGAGCGGCCGCGGCCCCGCGGGAGUCCCUCACACACGGACCCGGAGCCUCGCGCUGUCGCCAGCCGACUCCCAGACCGGAGACGCCGCUUCUCUACGCCUCCUCCGCGUCCCGGCACGUUUUCCUCGCCAGCGCUCGAGGAGCAACAGCGGGGCUGGCAGCCCGGAGCGGCCCCGGUGACUCGGAGCUGCCGUGUGCGGUGUCAGCCUGCCCAGCCGCCCCCGAGCUUGUUAUCUGCCUUACCGCGCUGCCAGCUCCAUAGCCACGGCUUGGCAUCGCUGCCAGCUCCAUAGCCAGGGCUUGGCAUCGCUCCACCUCUGCGUGGGGAGCUGGCAGCAUCCCGCUCAUUCCCCAGCCCGGGACCGUGUGGCUGCUGCGGCGGCUGCUGCGGACCGCGCGGUCGGAGCCCGUGCGGCGGCAUUACGGACUUGGCCGGUACCGAGGAGCGGCUGAGGUGCGCAAGGCUGACGGAUGCUGAAACACGAAGAUGAUUUAGCAAAACGCGAUCGAGGCUAGGGGAGAACAUUGAAAAAUUAACUGGUGUUACCUCAUUUUGUGCUGACCCCUACACUAUGAGCACAUACUGGUUUUGCUGUCAGCUCAGACCAGUGGUGAAUACGAAGACUGUGGCCACUGAACUGCAUUUCUCUCUAUAAAGCAGCUUUAAAAUAACCAUCCAGAUGGCAGACUAGCAAGCAGUGGUGAUUGCCUGCAUUUUGGAAUUUUGACCUCAGCACCAUUGUAGACAGCUGUGGCUAAAGAUGAAAAUGAAACUUCUCUGUACAUGAUAAACCAAAGCCCUAGGAAUGGGCUCUCAGUAUUUUAACUGGCUGAGAUUUCAGGAGGUAGUGCUGUUGCUCCAUCUGAAACACAAAUUUGCCUAAAUGCAACCCUCUGUAAUAAUAGGGCAAUAAAGAAGAGGAUUCUGCAGUGCUGGAGACAAGAUUUGGAUUUGAUGUUUGAAAAUCCCUCUGUUCUAUGUUCCUGUAAGACUGGUCUGUAACUUCCCAGCUGGUAAAAUCAGAUAUUUACCAGCUCAGCUUUAUGCCCUCUGAACAGAGAAGUUCUGGAUACACUUAAUACUGAAAAUACAUUCCAGUGUUACAUAAGGGUUCCAAUCAAAGGGACUUUUUACCUUUGCCCCUCUCCUCUGGAGGUCCACCUGGAGCAUCCAUGUCCCUGUGGUCAGAGGUUCCUGGUCCAUCAUGCCAGGGACGUUUCCGUGGUGGCAGUGAGGCCAUGUCCAUGCCCUGGAGUGAAGAGGAACGUUCUCUGUUGGCUGGAGAGUGCCCAUCAUGAGGAGGGUGAUCUGGACGAGGACCUGUACAUGAAAACACAAGAUAAGAGUCUGGUUUCCUCCCUCCUUCAAAGCGUGGGAAUUCAUCUGGAGUAGGAAGCAAACCCUUCCGAGCUCCUGAGCAGUAAGAGAAGCAGGGGACAGGAGUGAGAAGAGACAUUGUAUUCAUGAAAAUAAUGUCACCUGCCCAAGAAGUGCCUUUCCUUCCUCAUCCUUGUAUUUCUCUGUGGAAGAACAUUCCCCUUACCUCUCGGAGCACCUCGUCCUCGCCCCCGAGCACCAUGGUCCCUUCCUCUGGAGUUUUCAUCUGGAGAGUCAAAAGCAUCAUCUGGCCCAAAAUCUUCAGGGCCAGGAAAGCCAUCUCUGCCCCUGGGUCCCCGGCCCUCGUGCCUCGAGGGUCCUCCUCUUCGGAAGCUACAACAAAGAACAUGAUACAGAUGUGGCUUUUAGGCAUAACUGAGGCAGUUUAAUUAUCAACUCAUUUCUAAACUGUUUCACUUAAUGCUACAGCACAUACAGUUACUAGAACAGGAUUUGUAGGUGGGAAAGUGCCCAUUUCUGCCUUUGAGCACUUUGAUAGUAAGCUUUGUAAUCUUCCUCUCAUAUUUUCUUCCACUGAUUAUGUUGGUUAUUCAUACAAGAAAAAUAUUAUUAAACACAGUGCAUUCAUUUAAUGAAAAGGUGGGAAAAACAAUGAGUGAUGAUAGAUACAAGGUGAGGUAAGGCAAGGCAAAGUGUGAGUUCCCCUUAACUCUGAAGCUCUUACAUUCCCCUUCCAUUUUUUCCUUUCCAUUUCCAUCAUAAACUGAAAACAUAGAAGCAAUGAGAGUCGUGGCUAUAACAAAACAUUACAGGAUCUCAUUCCUAUCAGGUCUAUGAUUCUUUUGCCAGACAAUUCUCCUUUUCAUUCCAUUCUUCCAAGUUUACAAUUCUAGCAAUUGCAUCUAGACUGCCCUUGGAUCUGUAGGCAAAGUGAUGGCUGAACAGCGCACAGUGGCAUUCUGCAACCUGAAGAGCAGUUUAUCCAACUGCAGUAAUGAAUUUUGUGUUGCAAAAUGUAAUUAUGAGCCUGAAAUUGAUAACUGCUGUCUAAUAAGUACCAAGGGCACCUUCAGGAAUUUGCUAUGACUGGGUUCUGCACAGCAUCUUAGCUGAGUACAGCUCCUCCAGCACCACACUGGGGCCUUGGACAGCUCUUCAGAGAGGAGAAUGGCUCUUGCUGAGCUGUCAGUGCCAUGCCAGGUAAGCCUGCAGCUGGCUGUGUGAGUAACUAGCAGUUCUGUUCCUGACACAAGCAGUUCAAACACCUGGAGGGUUUGCAAAGCUCAGCCCUGCCCUGUGAGGACACCUGUCUGUCACAGCCCGGCUGAGGUGUUCCGGUGGUGCAGGCACACUGGUGUCCCCACCGUGCCACCCCACGCUACUCUGCCCCCCCUCAGUGACAGCACACGGUGUGGAGCUCUCCUUGCCCAGUCACAGGUGCCUCCCACCUCCCCAGUGUUCCCAGUUCCACUCUGGCUGAACUGGAAGCACACAGCAUCCCCGUGGUGUUGGCUGUGUGCAGCAUCCCCUUCCCCAGCUCAUUAACGACACAGUGCAUCCUAUUACAAGCAAAACUUUAGAUACUUUUAUUUAGAAUUUUAACAACAUUAACCUUUUAAUUACAAAUUUAAAUAUUUUAACAGUAGUCAUAACACAAUACAAUAUUCUUAAACUUUUACAUUGUUUUUAAUAAAAAACAAUAGGUCUGUCUCCACCUCCCAGAAAACAAACACAAUACAGAGAGGAGGCUGCUGUGCCUGUACAGGUACAACAGUGGAUGGAGGAGUGCUUUGUAUGGACCAUGAACCAUUUACAUUAACCUGGAUGGUUUGGGAAAACAAACUCAACAGUUUCAGGUACAAAUGGUUCAAAUAAUCACAGAGCAAUAUUGUUUAGCCUUGAAAGAGCACAGUCCUCUAGAGGUUUCUUAGAGGGCCUCCUGCUUUAAUACUGAUAUGGUGUGAUUCAACUUAGCUUGGAAAUUACCAAGAUUUUCAACACGAGGCCCCAGGGCUGCAGGAACAGGGCCUUUCCUAUUUCAAGCAACUUAUGGACACAGUUGAGUUUUGAAAUCUACGAAACCUAUGCCUGACACAGCCACAGCUCCUAAUAUUGUGUUAUGGAUAUACUUAUUUGCCUUUUCAUAUCAGUCACACAUAAAGCCCUGCCUUGUAUGGGGUUCAGUUCCUGUUUGACUGCUCUCACAUCUUCUUCCCCGAGGCCUAGGACCUUACUGUACACAACUACACACUGUGCAGAUUAGCAGGCAGGAAGAGGCAGGUCUCUGCAGUAGAAGCAUCAUGUUGAUAUAGAGUAAGAACAGGACAGGGAUGAAAAGGAUGGGAAAUUAGAGAGAAACACACAUACACACAUUUGCCUCUCAUGCUUGAUCAAACCAGUUACAAUCUCAAUUUCAAACCAAGUCUGCUAAACGAGUGGUUGGGAUUAAGUCCACCACAGCAUCUGCAGUAAAUGGCACCUAGUUCACCUUCAUUCCAAGAAAAUCAUCAAAUUUACAAGCACAGUGAGCCUUUUAGAGCCCUGUACCAUUUCACUUCAAACUUUCUGGGCAAACACUUGUACUCUGAUAAAUAGAAUACUCUUAGUUCAAAAGUCAGAUCUGCAGGUCACAAGGUUCUUGUUUCCCUUCCUGAAACUUUUUAAAAAUCAGGACCAAAAUAAAAUAUUUGCCAGUCCCUAA